GUCGCAACUAGGAGUUCGGCGACUUCGCAACUCGUCUUUCCACCGUUCGGUCGAACGAAUUUAACGAAAUCUAUUAUAUUCCCCCCUAAUUAAAUCUAAGACCACAACCUCACGCAUUAGAUAACCGCCAGUAAUCUCUUUUAUCUUGACUGUUCCAAAUGAAUACGAAUACGGAAUGACAUUGAAAUCGAACAAACUGAGUAAUCGGCCGUAGAACUUCGUCGGAUACAAGCCACCAGUAUAUUCAUUCAAAUCCUCGGCAUCGGGCCACAGUGUGUUGGAAAUGGAAAGUUGUAGCAGUGUGCAAGUGUUGACUCCGGACGAUACGAUCAAACUCUACAAGUACAGAUGGGUCGUAAUCUUUAUCUUCGGCCUGUAUGCUGCGAUAAAUUUCUCGCAGUUUUUGCAGUUCACGAUCAUUGCCGAUAUUUUGAAAAAGUAUUAUGGCGUAGAUUCGUUACUCAUUGACAUGAGUGCGAUGGUCUUCAUGGCUGCCUUCAUAAUAUUCUUCGCUCCUGUGGGAUAUAUUGUUGAGAAUACCAGUUUGAAGACCACCGCCAUUAUAAGUGCAACCUUAACAGUUCUUGGAAACUGCUUAAAGGUUUUUGCUACACUGCCUGACAGAUAUUAUGUCGUCCUGAUCUCUCAGUCUAUAAUAGCGAUAUCUCAGAUUUUUAUGCUUAUAAUUCCUUCAAAAGUUGCCUCCUCCUGGUUUGGUGCCGAUGAAGUGUCCACAGCAUGUGCAAUCGGCUUGUUCGGUACACAAAUAGGUAUAGCUGCUGGUGCUGCAGUUCCAACUCUUAUGGUAAAAAAUGGCAGCAAGGAUCAAGUGCAGCAUGAAUUGAAUGAAAUGUUUAUUUAUAAUAUAAUUGCCUCUAUGGUUGUCCUUGUUAUUGUGAUAAUAUUUUUCAGGUCAAAACCGACGACUCCACCGAGUCGAUCUCAGGCCUCACUAGCUACCCAAGAAAAGGACAAAAAGUUGACUUUCUGGAUGGCAAUAAAAGGUUUCGUAAGGAACAAAGAUUUUAUGAUCAUUCUCCUCUCUUUCGGCAUCAAUUUUGGAAUGUGGAACAGCAACGGUGUCUUAUUCAACCAAAUAUACACUACGUACUUUCCUAAUGCUGAUAAUGAUAGGGAUCUAGGGAUACUCACCUUUGCUACAGUUCUAUCAGGCGGAUGUCUUGGAAGUAUUAUUUUUGGCUAUAUCCUAGAUAGAACACAUAAUUUCAGACUGGUUUCUUUCUUAGUAUUAUUUGCCAAUCUACUAUCAUGUAUUGCCCAAGCUGUAACCAUGCUCAUGAGAAGUAGAAUAGGAACUUUCAUUACUGUUCCAAUCAAUGGAUUCUUCAGUGGUAGUUUGAUGGUCAUAAGCUAUGAGUACGCCAUAGAAACCACCUAUCCGACGCCAGAACCUUAUGGAACUUCAGUCUUGAAUGGAGUUGUCUACGUGUUUGGUAUUAUUUUUGUCGUGAUACUCGACCUUGUAUUCGCAAAUGUGGGAUAUCCUGCGGGAUUCGGUAUCAUUAUUAUUUUAACUGCAAUAGGGACGUUCUCAAUACUGUUCGUUUCCCCAGUACUCAAAAGGCGGAACGCUAAUUUACUGUUGAAUGGACAACAAACACAAACACAACCUGUUUCAUCUUGAACUAUUCACAAGUUCUGUUGAAAGAAUAUGCUCAAUACUGUGAUAAGACAAAGGAUUCUAACGUAUCAUAAUGUGAUUGUUUAUUCGUUUUGUUACUCAAAAAAUAAAUAUUUAGUAUUGAAA